AUGCCUCUCAAGAAGAAUGCGUUGAUGUACUCCAUCGAUCCGGAGCUGUACGCUCGCUCGCAUGCACCGGCCACUACAGUCGCUAUGGGGAUGAAGAGCUCUCAAGCCUCCUCGCUCUGCUGGGCCAAUCAGGUGCGGCGCGAAGAGGCGAUUCGCGAAAUGUGGAGUGCGACGUACGACCCACAGCGCAACCGAGAAAAAAAGGCCCUGCAAGCGGUGCAGCAGACCCGCGCCCGUGAUGCGGCGCGGCAUGAGGCAUAUGUGAACCCCGAAAACAACCCAGAACUGUAUAGUAUCCUGUACAAGAGACCACCUCCAUCCUCUGUGUGCGACUCGGGAGUGACAACGGCAUCAUCCUCGUCUCCCCAGCACAGCACCUCCACGGCAGCACCGGAAGAGACAGCGAAGGAUACCAGUAACUCAGGCAACAACUCCUUUGCUCGCUACGCGCGCUCUACCACACACGAAUACCUUCAGGCUCGCUGCAGAAACAACACGUUGCAGCAGCGCUACCCGAGCGGACCGGCCACCGCCGCACAGGCUGUGGGGUGGGCUGUCGGCGCUACCGGCGGAACGUCGGUGUCGUCAUCAGAGGCUUCAUUUUCGCCGCACCUCCGGGUGCGCCGUCGCCAGAUGGGCACCUAUCGCAAGCCCGAAGACGACGAACACGCGUUGCUCUUCGGCUACGACUAUGCACCGAAGUAG